GACCGUGUUGCCCUUAGGGUUAGGGUUGCCGUGACAGCGGAACAGUCUUGGGUUCCAGAAAAUCGUUGCCCAGGCAAGCGGGCGGGCGGGUUUGUUGGGGCGUCCGGGCGGCUGUCGCCUCGUUCCCGGGGAAAGGCGAGCGGGCCCUCCGCGCCCGGACGCGCUUUGUCCCCGCCGGCCUCAUGGAGCGCGCCGGGGCCAUGACGGACAUGUACGACCAGGCGUUGCUGGGCAUUUUGCAGCAUGUGGGCAACGUCCAGGAGUUCCUGAACACCCUCUUCGGCUUCCUGUACCGCAAGACCGACUUCUACCGGCUGUUGUUGCAGCCGUCGGACCGGCUGGGCUUCCCGCCCGGCGUGGCGAAGAACAUGGCCGUUCGGGCAUUCAAAACCUUUGAACAUCUGGCCCGUCAAGAUGAUGAGAAAAGACAGCAAGAAAUUGAGGAGAAGUUGAAGAAAAGAGAGGAGGACAUGGUGGCUGCAGGAGAGAGAUCAAAGGUGCCUUUUGCAGUUGAGGAGGUUGAGAUCACCUCAGCAGUGGACCAUGACUCUGGAUUGGAAGGUGGAAAGCCUGCAGAUUUGGAAGAGCCUGUGACACUAGAAGAAACAGUAGAAGCACAAGUCGCUAAUACAACAGCCGAGCUGCCAGUAUCUGUUGCUGCCCCUGUAGAAACUGAACAAACAGAAUUCCCCAGGAAACAGGAACAAUUCCAGGCAAAUCCUGACAGUUACAAUGGAGCUGUGCGAGAGAACUACACUUGGUCUCAAGACUAUAGUGACCUGGAAAUUAAAGUUCCAGUGCCCAAGCAUAUUCUGAAAGGCAGACAGGUUUCUGUGGACAUCAGCAGUAGUUCAAUCCAUGUGGCAGUGGUAGAGGGAAGUGGACGCCGUGUGCUCAUGGAAGGCACCCUUACCCACAAGAUCAACACAGAGAACUCUGUCUGGAGUCUAGAACCUGGAAAAUGCAUUCUAAUUAACCUGAGCAAAGUAGGUGAAUACUGGUGGAGUGCCAUUUUGGAAGGCGAAGAACAGAUUGACAUUGAUAAAAUCAAUAAGGAGCGUUCCAUGGCCACAGUGGAUGAAGAAGAGCAUGCAGUGCUGGACAGACUGUCUUUUGAUUAUCAUCAGAAGCUUCAGGGCAAGCCCCAAAGCCAUGAGAUGAAAGUCCACGAGAUGCUGAAGAAGGGCUGGGAUGCCGAAGGCUCUCCAUUCCGAGGGCAGAAGUUUGACCCCUCCAUGUUCAACAUCUCUCCGGGGGCCGUGCAUUUUUGAUGGUCGCGAGUGAGGAGGGGGACAUCGCCUUCGUCCUUGGGAUGAACCUGACACGACUGCCAGACUCUUCCAUCCGGUGACAUCGAAGGGUCCCUUUUUUGUCCCUGCUUGUUCUUUGGGCUUCUUUGUAAAAUGACAGACUGUUAAAAUGGUUGGUGUGUGUGGGCUUGGUUUUGGGGAGGGGGCAGAGAGGGAACUGAAGUGCGAACGUGGGUGUAAGUCCUUCCCUCCAGCGCCAGGUUGGUGCUUUUGAUAUUUAUGUGGGGGAAGCCUAGCAAAAGCAGCAUUACGUACUGUGUCACCACGGCAACCAGCAGCUGCUGGUAGCAUUUCCUCUUCUCCUUAAUGGAUUCAUUUGUUGCUUGGGGUUGUGGGGGGAGAGGAGAGGUUGGUUGAAGGUAUUCCUCCUCCCCUUUUCAGAAAUAGAUACAGCUGGAUGAAAUGUUGACAGCUUCUCUCUGGCUUCCUUGAAACCGCCUUCUGCGUGUAUGUCUCCCCGUACCAGCUCUAGGGAACCCGCAGUCCUCAUGGCAUUGGGCAGCGACAGCCCUCUCUAAGCCCUGACAAUCUGCAAUCAGUGUCAUUUGAGCACCAUCUAAAUUGUUGGGUUUGGUCCUUGAGUCCCAAGGAGUGGGAGGUGAACGUUGGAGGCUCAGGCAAGUCCCUGAAAAGGACCCAGCGCGGAAGGUGGCACUUGCUCCAGCGUUUCUGUGAUGGUCUGCGAAGCCCAGCCAUAAGAUAACCCAGUACAAAAGAGCACACUGGAGUUCUUCAUGCUGUGGUUUUGCUUGUUCGUUUCCUUUUGUUUUUGUGAUUCAGUGAUUUAAUGCUCAGAAAACUGCAGGGGUUUUUUUCUUUCUUUCUUUCUCUCUCUCUCAUUUUGGUUUUACCCAAAUGUUCUUGCUAGGAAGCUUUCUGAGCUCAUGCCCCCAUUUUCCUCAUUUCCCCAUCUAUGAUUAUAUGAAGUGCAUAAUUGUAUUUUAUGCAUUUCUGGGAUUUCUAUCAACAGGAGAUGGGGGUAAUCAGGACCCUCUGGCAGAGGUUUUAAGAACCCUUUUUGUGUAUAGCAGUCCCAACAAAAUUGGCCUCCCCUCCCCCAGCUGCUGUUUACCCAGAAAGAAAACUGAUAUUAAGACCAAUAGUAAUUUUCCUCCUAGGUCAAAGCAAUUUCCAUAUGUGUGUAUGCAUGUGGCCAUUGUGAUUACCUUCUCUAGCUCUUUUUUUUUUAUAAAGAGUAUCAAACAAGGAAAAGUUGUGAAGUGCAGUCUCACAUUUUACUAGUGAUCUAGUUUGUUUCUUAAAGGCAUACAAUUUUCUUUGAAUCCAGGCUACCAGCUUUCAGGAAGCAAAGACAGCUGCUCCUAAGGAGGACUGUCCUCCUAUGGCUGGGCAGGCUAGAUCUUUUUAGGGAUCUUUUAACCAUCCCCAUACUUGUAGCACUAUAUAAGAACCCUUUUGGUAUAAAUUGUGUAAGUAACAAGAAAUAGCUAUACACAAAAAGGAAAUGAAGAGAUGGUACAUUUCCAUUUGUCUAUUUAUAACAAAAGGCCCACCCUGUCAAAAGAUUAAAAAGCACAUUUUAGGUGAGUUGUAUCUGUAAAUAGGCUACUCAGAGACUAAAAGACCUAUCUCCUCUAUUCUAUAUUGAAGAAGGGGUCUGCUGAUAGAACACAUACUGCUUGGGAGCUCAGUUUCCCUGAGGGAAUUAUAAUUUUGACAACAAAGUUCAUCAAAUAACUGUAGAGUCUAAUUUCACUGAGGAGGUAUCCUUCCAGAAGGUGUUCCACCCUGUGACAGCUGGGCAAAGAAUUGACAAAAAGAUUUGCUUAUUCAGAGGCGAUAUUUUCCUUCCAGCAAGCUGAAAGCAAAUUGAAGAAUUAUUUCCAAUAUGGGAUGUCAGCUGGUUCCUUAUUGCUGCAACUGAUGUGUUAAUGACUGAUCAGUAGGAGAGAAAACAGAAUGAAGAUGUCAUAUAAGGAACCAGAAAGCAGCAUAUAAUGUCAAGGAAUAUGGAUCUAGAGAACUUUGUUUGACUUGGAAACAUGUUGGUUAUCUGCAUCAUUUUAGACUAUGACUGAGUAAAAUAUUGGGCUGCACAAAAUAUCCUAUUAAAACAUACGAUUGGCUUAGAGGCAAAUGCAUUCACUAGGUCUCUCUGUGAGUAGGUUGGCUAAUGAACCAUCUAUGGUUUGAUUAGCCACACUUAGCAUGACAUGCAACUGCAGGAUUCUAGAAAGAAAUGGGAGAACAUAGCCAUGGUUUAUUUUUAGUUUAAUGACAGCAUCAUUCCUGAAUUCUUCUAGGCAGAUGAAGCCAGAGUCAGCUUGUUGGUCAUACCUGCUUGACGGCAGAGAUAGUGAGCUCUUGAACCAACUCUUAUGGCUUACGGGCAUGUGCAAAAGUUGAAUCACCCUGUAGCUGAUGUAGGGAGAAUAUCAGUCCUUGGAUUGCUCCGAUUUUCAUAGCGAGGAAACACCUCACCUCUUUUUUGAGAAAUAUAGCUAACUGCUCCCUUUAACAGAAGGCUGUCCACAAUGUGAGUUUUUUGGAAGUGUCCUAGACAAGAGUUCAGCAAUCCAUUCAGAAGAGACAGAGUGCUGUGGCCAUUGUGGCAAGAUAGUACACAAGAACCAUUACCUUGGCAGAGAGCAGCCAUUCUGUUAUGUGCUUUCUGGUGUAUUACAUGCCCCCAGGGCAGCAGCUGCAGGGCCACAAAAGCAGCAACUGAAGCAGGCAAACAUUCAGCUGUGAUGUGAUGGGCAGGGCUGGAAUUCCAACCCGACACACGCAAGUCAAGGGCCCCUUUGAUAUGGGCCUGCACAUGCUUCAGAAGAUGGUGGCAUCAGCUGCCACAGGAAACAGAUAAUGUAGUUUAUUCAGCAGUAGCCGUUCCUGCACAAUCCAGUUGCUGAGGAAAGGAAAGCGGUAUGUUGGCUGUGGAAAGUGGGCCUGGACAAUCCUGCGCUCUCUGGAUUUUUAAAUAUUUUUUUCUCCUUCAGGAGACCUGCACUUAAUAUUAUAGCCAUUUUCUGCCAAGGGGUGAGUCCUCACUCACAUAUGCCAUCAACUGUACGCCAUAGCCCUUUUAUGAAUGCCUGUGUCCCAAACAGCACUUCGUGUUAGACCAGCUUCCUUUAAGCAAUCAGCCUCUAAUUACGUAUAGGUAACAGUAUUUUGUUGUUCUAGUGUCUAAUCUUUUUCCUUAAAGGAAAAGAGCUAAAGAGUUGAGAGCUCAACUGCCAGUAAGUGCUUCUCUGUUUUACAUAAUUUAUUAUUUCUAAAGCACCUACAGUAAAAUCAACCAGGCAAGGGCUUUGAGGUUUGUCUAAAGUGCGGUGCGUGGUUCCUAGGAGCACAUUAUUCUGAAGAGCUUCACAAGACCUGCUACCGACUUGUAUUUUGUCCCCUGUCCACCCACACAUUCAUUGUUGAAAAAGGCCUUGGAUCUUAGAAACACAUUUGUGGGCAUUUCUGAGUUUUGAGUUUCCGUAGAAAUGAAGCGCUUCUAGUUCCAGUGUGCUUGAGGGUGGCUCGCUUAACAAAUCUCAAGAAGGAUAAUUCAAAGGGGGGUGGCUCUCUGUAAGAGAAAUGCAUCCUCCCUUUCUAGAACUAAAAGAGCCUGUUCAGUUCACUAAACAAAGCAGUUCAGUGGUUUUGGUUAAGUUUCCAGCUAAGAAAAAAAGCAGGAGUGCACUGUGUUGAUCAUUCCAGCGAGUCUAUGUAAUGGCUGUUAACAGAAAGUAAAUGAUCAAAACUUUACCAUGAAUAGCUUGCUACCAUACAGGUUUGUAGCAAAAUGGGAAUGGGAAACAACAUGCUAAAAAACUCAGUGAUUAUAUCAACUUGAUUUUAGUCCUACAAGUAUUCUGGGAAGCAGACAAUACAAAGUAUUUGCCAUUACUGUCCCACAGUAUAUCUUCUGUCCAAAUAAUACACAAUUAUUGAAUUAGAACUGGAGUGGGGAGGUGGGAGGAAUUGAAGCUGUCCUACAAAAGUGGGGCCACCUGGAGAAAUGUGGUUUUACUUUUAAUAUCUAAUCUUCAACCCAACUAUUGUAUAGAGCCAGGUCAUUCAGCAUUCGGUUGGAGAUUACCCUGCACUGUGGCCUAGCUUUCUGUUAGCAGAAGAUAGUCCCCAGGAUGCUUAGUUUCUAGGAGAAAUGCCUCUGCUUAUUCUGUAUCCAUUCAGUGUUUUGCUUUCUCUUCUCAUCAAGUCAAGAAUCCAAUGCAUGGGGUGACUCUUUCCAGCUUUAUACAGCCCUCCAGUUCUCUACUGCAGCCUUUGUUAAACUCAGUUCUGCUCUCUCACUGAAAACAUGAUGUGGAAGGAGGGUUGUUAAGCACUUAGUAAGCCUACAGUUCAAAAAUGCCACAAAUUCUGUAUGCUUGGAGCAAGCUUAUUUCUGAUUUUUUUAUUUUAUCUUAUUCCUUGGAAAAUGGAUGAUGUUUCUAGCUGUUGUUGAGGGCAUCCUGUUACAUUUUGAUCCUUCUAAGAACUGCAGUGCUGCUGUUGCCAUCCAAGACUAACAAAAGAGAUGUGGUGCUUCAGACAUUCAAUUAGUAGAAUGUUCUCUCUAUCUACCUGCUUGCAAUAAAAAGGUUUUUUAUGCAAGGG